GAUCCUCACAGAGUCUCCGACGCCAACCCGAGUAGGCUGCGUCCCGUCAGCGCACCAAGUAAACAACCGCGAGUGUGUGAAGUUUUGUGAUAAUCAAAACAGUGUCCAACAUGGGUUGUGGUACGAGUUUUGUGAAAUAUGUGCUGUUCUUCUUCAACUUGCUAUUCGCGUUGAUCGGCAUCGCGAUGGUGGGCAUAGGCGUGGCAGUCGUGCUCAACUGGCAGGUGGUGAAGGACGCCUCCCGAGGCCUCAACGUGGCUCCCUGGCUGUUCAUCGUCAUCGGGGCCGUGGUCUUCCUCAUAUCGUUCUUCGGGUGCUGCGGAGCUAUCCGCGAGAGCCACUGCAUGGUUGUCACGUACGCGAUCUUCCUGAUCGUGAUCAUCAUCGUGGAAGUGAUCCUGGCCGUGUGCAUCUUCGUGUACGCCGACAGCAUCAAGCACGCGCUGAAGACCGGUAUGGACAGGUCCUUCGAGGAGGGCCGCUCGCUGAACCCCAACCCCUUCCACCAGAUCGAGCGCCAGUUGUCAUGCUGCGGUAAGACCGGCCCCAUCGACUACAACGUCCAGGCGGUCGCCAACCUGCCCCCGGAAUGCUGCGACCAGGGCUCCCAAGUCUGCUCCAUCGUCAACGCCUACUCCACCGGUUGCACCACCAAAAUGCUGGACUACUACGACAAAUCGCACAAGGUCAUCGCUGGAAUCACUAUUGGAGUCGCUUGUGUUGAGGUUGUAGGAGCCCUGUUCGCCCUGUGUCUCGCCAAUUCCAUAAGAAACAUGGACAGAAGGUCUCGCUACUAAUAUUUUGUACAUUAAAACUGGUACGCCUAAAACGAAGACAUCACGAAACAUUCGAAUAAGAACAAUAAGGGAUAUUUACGAAAGAAACUCACCACACUAUGUUAUGUACAAGUUAAUUAAGUUAGAUAACUGUUAAAAAAGCUAGAACGGUCAAGUAUGACCAAUUAAUUACAUGUAUCAUUCCUAUUGCCUUUAUUUAGGUACAACCCUUUUGUACUAUCUAUACGGCAUAACAUAAAUUAAAUAUCCACUUUAAUGCAUCCUAAUAGAGUUUAAAAUCAAUUGAGUUAUAACAAAUAUCUAAGGAAUUAGUUAUGCAUAAAAAGUACCUCAGAAUGAUUUCAUGCAACUGUUAAACGCACAAGUUUUAUGAACAUUUGUUUUGAGGCAAAUGAGUAUAGUAGAGGCAGUACGAAUGAUACAAAAUAUACGCCUACCCUUUAGAAUAAACGAUGUUUAGUUUUUGAGAUUGACUGAAAUAGUGCCAGGAUUAAAUGUGUACUGUAAAAAGGUGGCACAGAUUCCGUUUUACUGUAUUCCCUUUUAGAGAAUAAUUUCUCUAUGCAGUCUGCCGACCAUAGUGAAUGUAUGGUACGCAACAGACUUUCUCUGGUGUUUAUUAUAUUGCAAAUCUUCCAAUUUUGUUUACCAGCACAGGUUUUAUUUUUAUUUUGACAUGAAUUUUAAGUAUAAACCACGCUCUACCUUCAUUUUGAUUAUCUUUUGUUGCAUCAAAACAAUUGUUAAGUUUAGUUAAGAAAUUGUUUGUAAUUUUACAUUACUGUAAGAACUAUAAUAAAGUAUUUUCAUACUAUUCAAUGUUGUACGUCCAAUUUACAAUACUUAUAUUUAAAGUGUUAAAAUUUAUAUGCAUUUCUAUUAUAAUGUGAUUUCAUAGGUGUUGCCUUACUAGCAUGUAUAUAAAUAGUUAUUUUAUUGUAUCGGGAACAAGUGUCUGUGUAACGUGUUUUGAAUCUCGUGCAUUUCCAAUGAUAUCGCUUUUGUGAAGGAUACUGUACUGUAUGGCGAAAUUAAAUUUUCUACUAUUAA